UUGUUGUUUUUUCAGAAGGAAGAAUCAUUCCUGAUCAUGUCUGAUUCAUCCAAGAAAAACACCAGUGAAUCUAUAACCCCAGAAAUGAAAAAGAAACAUAUAUUUGGGGAGCUCAUAAUAAAAGAAAAGGCUGACAAACAUUAUGAAGCAGGUGUUGGUGCCAUGUCACAGUCUCAGUUUGACAAGGCUGUGUCCUGUUUCUCAAAGGCCAUCCUGCUCCAGUCACAGCAGACUGAGUUUUAUGUCCAGCGAGCAGAAGCAUAUCUUCAGCUGUGUGACUUCCAGUCCGCAGCACUAGAUUACAAACACGCCUGCAGUCUCCAACCACAAACUGAGGCCUACCCUCAACGACUCGCCUUCAUAUACUACCUACAGGGCCAGUGUCUUUUUGAUUUGGGGAAGUUUCUGGAGGCUCUGGAUUCUUUCACGAAAGCUGCAGAACUUAAACCCUGCUUCCGGCCUUAUCACAUGAGAAGCUUGGCUUGUCUGACUGCUCUGGGCCGUUACUCUGACUGUCUUCGGCCGGUCAGUAACUGGCUAGAGACGGACAGCCAGUCAGCUGACCUCCUCAUUCUGAGAGCUCGCCUUCACCACCAGCUCAAUCAGAUGACUUUGUGCUAUCAUGACUUGAGGUCAGCACUCAGGCUGAAACCCUGCUGUCCCGUUGCACAUGCACUGUUGAAGAGGCUAAAAGAAGCAGCGAAGAAUGCCCAUCAGGCAGCUGUUGAUAAGGCAUUGAAGGGAGAGCUUUCAGAUGCACUGAGGAAAAUAAACAGCGCUCUGAAGUAUAACCCCAGUAAAGCACAGUACUACCUCUUUAGGGGGAUUCUUUAUCGGCGCCUGAGAGACUUCACUGCUGCCAUUGAGGAUUUAGUUCUUGCUGCUGAAUUCUAUGGGGUUGAAGAAGAACCUCCUCAGGAACCUAUGCAAGACAACUCCGAGGAUUUAGAGGAAGACGCUCAGACACAACUGGCGCUCACAUACAAUGAUUUUGCAAUUCAGUGCUUCUCCCGGGGUCUGCAAAGCGAAGCCAUUAAGCUGCUGAACAAGGCCAUAGAGAAACAGAGAGACGCAAGUGAGCUGUUCAUCAACAGAGGAGAUUGUUUUUUUAAGCUUUGUGAGUGGAGCUUUGCACUGGCUGACUAUCAGCAAGCAGAGGAGAUGGACCCUGACAACACGGUUAUCUGGCUACGACUUGCCGUUAUUCACAACACAAUGGGUCUGCACAGCUAUGACGACAAGAAGUACCAGGAAGCAGCAGACAAGUUUUCUGUUGCAAUAAGGUACAACCCUGGUGAAGUUCAUUACUAUGAGAAUCGGGCCAAAGCUUAUAACAAAGUGGCCAAAAUGGAAGAGGCCAGGAAGGAUGCCAUCAGUGUUCUUAUCUUAGAGCCCACCAAUGACCAGGUGGUGCCUUUGCUGUUGAGUCUGCUCCCAGGAUGCUCCUUGACUGAUAUUAUGUCCUGUGCUACUGCACAGUCAGUCAAAACCCUGCUGGUGGAAAAGAUUCAAGCGUUCAAAAUGGCAGCAUCCAAGGUGUCAAGAAUUGGCAGGAUGGCCCUUGCCAAAGACGACAGCCAAUCACAAACAUCCUCACAGAAGCUACAAGCUGAGGAUGGUCCAUGCGUCACUCCAGAGGUGCACAGCAAACUAGUCAAGAGAAAACAGCUGAAUCAAGCUGUGAAAAGAGCCCUGCAGCAGAGGCAGCCCCUGGACUAUGACGGGCCCCGUCUGGCCCCUAUCCACCCUGUGCGUGAGGAGUCUAGCGCUCAGCAACAGGCAUAUUUGUGGAGGAAAUUUGGGGGCUUUGGGCUCAAUUGUUGAAGACUCAUUGGAAUGAAUUAUUCUGGUGACUGGGUAAUCUGUUACUCCCAUCAUAAUUUGGGUUUACUGAAGUGAAAACUUAAAGGGAUGCUUCACUCAAACACGAUCCCGUGAUUCUCAUUUUCUCACCAUCAUGUCAUUCC